GCAUAAAACAUAUUUCACAGUAUAGUAAAUCCUCGUCUAUUCUAUUCCAAAUGGACCUCUUCAGUCGAGGAAAAUCGAAGGGAAAGAAAAAGACAGAGAUUGUCAUCAAUACACAUCAACCUUAUUCCAGUUCCCCUCAUUCUCCUAAAAGUCCCGACGAUUACUUGAGUAAAAAAAGCAACAACAUAAAGAGAAACAAGAGGUUAAAUAAUAAAUAUUGACCCUAGAAUAUGAUAGGUCAUAAAACAGAAGGAUCCAUCAGAAGUUCACAGUCUUCAUCAAUACCAAGCAAUGACAGUGACUUUACUCAUGUCGAUAUGAUGACUGAUGCCGAGGUUGAGGAAUGCUUUGAACGCAUGCUCACAAGAAGAGGUAUCCAUGACGCCAACGCAAGAUUAAAAAUGUCAUCUUUUUCAGUGGACAAGAAGAGAAUCAUGGUCGCUCAGGAUAUUCAAUCCGAAUCAAACACUACUCAACCUACAUCCAGAAGAGGAGGCACAGAUAAAAAGAUAGAGGAGGGAAAGGGUCCUGAUUAUUAUGUAAAAAAGUUAUCGGAUACGUCAAAGGGCGUCAAUGUAAAAAUAGUCUCUCAUCUUGCUGUUGGAUUAAGAACAAUGCCUCUAAGUUGGGUUCGACAAUUUAUUGAUAUGCAAGGUCUACAAGUCAUUACGGACUUACUGACAACAUUGAACAAGACAAAGCAUAGACAUUCGGUGAAUCUUGCGGUUGAAGGAGAUCUAUUAAAGUGUUUUAAAGCUUUAUUAAACAAUAGGAUAGGUGCAAGGGAGGCCUUGAGACACCCUCAAUGCGUUCAAGAAAUUGUCAAUUGCAUCACAUCACCUUCUAUUCAAUCACGACGACUUGUAUGUGAAGUACUGGUGUUUAUGUGUUACUAUGAGAUACCAGUCGGACAAGACCUUGUUUUGAAGGCAAUGGAUAAACUACGUGAUAAAGAACGAGGAUUUGGUCGAUUUGAUGCAUGGUUAGCCGAGGUUGAGGUCACCUUGGGCGGACGUGGUCGAAUGGGCAGCAUGGUUGGUGCUAGUGAAGACUUUAAAAAGAUGGCAGCCUAUGGCUCGCCAGAUAAUCAACUCAUUGAGUAUGUCUUGUACAAUAUGAUUCUAGUGAAUGCGAUCAUUAAUGUCGUAGAAGAUGUGGAAAUAAGAAUACAUCUUCGCAAUCAAAUGAACGCGUCUGGAUUAGAAAGAAUCAUGGAAAAGAUGAAAGAAUUGGCAGAUGAACAUGUUGACCGUCAAAUCAGGGAAUUUAAAUUGUUGGCAGAGAACGAUCAGGACGAGCUGAUGGAUGUGUAUCAUGAAAAUGUUUUGAAUGAUAAAGAUGAUCCACGUGAAGUAUUCGAAUACCUCUUAUCUACGGUAGAAGGCACACGCGCGUAUGACUUCUUUUUGAGCUGUCUACAGCACCUCUUGCUUAUCAACAAUGAAGAAAGCAACCUAAAGUCCAGAUACUUUCAAGUUAUCGAUAAUUUAGUCGCACAAGUCGUACUGGAUCACAAAGGGUUAUCUGACGACUUUUCUGCAGAUUACAAUACGACUGUACAGCAUUUGAUUGAUAGAUUUGCUGAUCAGGAUCAAUUAAAGACAACGCUCGAAGAUCUGAAAGAGCUACAAGCCAACUAUGAGGAACUCGAAAGAGAACGGGACCUUUUACGUCAGCAGCUAUCUCAUGAAGGGGAUGCGCUCGAAGUUGUACAGUUAAGAGAGAAGACAGCUUCUCUAGAGGACUUGUUACGAAUGUCUCGACAUACCAUCUCAACCUUACAACAAAAACUAAGGGACUUGCAGAAUGAAUAUGAUGCUAAUCUUGAGCAGGCGGGUAAGCAGCUGGAAGACUUUUAUAAGCUUAUAGACGAAGAUGGCGCAAGCUUGGAAGGAAAUAUUGUGAUCUCACGAAAGGAUUUGGCCACAGCAUUUGGUAGAAUUCGUGCUCAAGCAAGCUUAGAGGGGCAUCAUAAGAAAGAAUCUGAUAUCAUUGCCAAAAAGACACCAAGUGAAAAAGACGAAACGAAAUAUAAGUCACUUGCAAUGGGUCUAUCUGAGGAAUUCAAGAUGCAAUUGGCUCGUCAAUUUGGGUCAAGCAGUGGGCUAGGAGAGUUUGUAUUGCCUGGAACAAUGCCCUUGAUGGGAUCAGCCGUCAGACGGUCCAACAAUCGCCGAAGGCAAGCGCAUGUUUCGGAAAUACAGGAAGUAAUUGAGCCUGAAAUAGCUGAUACAAACACUCUGACGCUUCGAAAGAGUAAAAGAAUUUCCUCAAAAGCACAUGAUAAUAAAGUGGAUAGAGUGAACCUUGAAGAAAAAAUAGAAACUGAGCUGGCAAUAACGUCUACUGAACAAGAGAUAGAAAAAGCAACCACGACAGCCACAAAUGAUACUGUGGAGGCUGAAACGUAUGAUAACCUUAGCAAUAUACCCACAAUGUCAAAUAUGCCCAUUAUUCCAGACUCAGCACUGCCGCCGCCACCACCACCACCACCUCCUCCUCCACCAAUUACAUCUUCUGGUAUAUCAGUAUCUAGUCCCAUCAAACAAGCUUCGCUAGACAACAAGCACAUUUCUUCUUCAAUUGCCAAUAGUAACGUUGCAUCAAAUAACAUCCCACCACCUCCAUCGCCGCCUCCAUCCUUGCUACCUUCAGGACAACCGAAUAAUAUAUCUCCUGCACCUGUUUCACUUCCUCCUGCACCUCCCGCACCACCUGCACCACCUGCGCCUCCUGCACCACCAUCAGCGCCUGCGCCGCCCUUACCACCAGGAACACCCAAUGCAGUAGCAGCAGCACUCCGUAAGCAAAUGAAACAUUUACCAACCGUUAAAACGCGUCAACUGCAAUGGCAGAAAUUAAACGCCAACUAUAUCAAUUCAACCAUCUGGAAGACAUCCGACCUAGAACAGAAGGAAGAAGCAUUGGAAGAACUGUUUGAUUCAGAAGGCAUAUUUAAGCGAAUGGAAGAAAUAUUUGCUCAAAAAGUGGUUGCUCCUAAGAGAGAAGUGACCAAAGAAAAGAGGCAAGAAAUUUACAUUAUUGAUACAAGAAAGGCACACAAUAUCAAUAUUGCCAUUCUUGCCAAGAAUAAAAACGUAUCAUUUCAAGAUUUUAGAAAGAAGCUCUUGGCUGUGGAUGAAAGAUUUUGCACAGAGGUACUACUGAGGAACCUCUUGGUGAACGCGCCUACUCAUGACGAAAUGGGUAAAUUGUCCGUGUUUUUGAAAACUGCGUCUGAAGAAGAUCUGCAAUGCUUGUCCAAAUCGGAUGCUUUUUGUGCCGAGAUCAUGACGAUUGAUAGAUUUAAAGAACGUCUUAACCACAUGCUGUUCUACACAACAUUCAACGAACGCAUUACUCAACUUGGCAAGAGUAUGGCAAAUGUCAUGGACGCUUCAACAAGUCUGAAGGAAUCUGAAGCAGUGAAAGACCUUUUGAAUAUCGUCUUGAUGGUAGGCAAUUUCUUAAACGGUACUAAUUUCCAAGGAGGAGCUUUUGGUAUCCGUAUUGGAAGUAUAAACAAAUUGGUUGAUACAAGAGCGUCAACAAACAAUACCACAUUACUUCAUUUCUUAUGUACAAUGGUUGAAGAAAAAUUUCCAAAUAUAAGUGCACGUCUGGUCAAGGAUUUGGAAUUGUGUGGUGAAGCAUGUAGAGUUACCAUACAGGAUCUUAUCAAAGACUAUAAUGAACUUCGUGUGGGCCUUCAAUCUCUCAUUCACGAAUUGGAAUGCCAUUAUGGACCUGAUUAUGAGGCUGAAGAAGGAGAUAACUUUGCAUCUGUCAUGUACAAGUUCCGAGACCGUGCCAUAGAAAAGUUUGAUCAAGUUGAAGUCAGGUACACGUCUAUGGAUAUUGCCUAUAAAGAUGUUGUGUCCUAUUUUGGUGAAGAUCCAAGUGAGAUGAAGCCUGAUGAAUUCUUUGGUAUAUUCCAGACAUUCUUAUCAAGUUGGACGCGAGCCAAGGCUGAUAUUGAAUUGCAACGAAAGAAAAAAGAACAAGCGGAGAAGGCCAGGCAAUACCAGGAGCAGCGCAAAGCUCGACUUAAGAACAGACUGGAUAUCAAAGAUGGCCCUGCAGAGAAUCAAGAUGAUAAAGAUAUAAUGGAUAAUCUAUUAGAAAAGCUUCGUUCAGGAGAGAUGGGUACUACCCAACAACGAAGAAGUCGUAGGAUGUCUAUGAGAGAAAGACGAAGGACGAGAGCAGAGUCAAUGGUUGUGAGAGCUGAAGAUUUACUAAGGCAUAUACAAAAUGAAGAAGAAGCACCACCGCUGCCAAGGUCAAGAAGAGGCUCAAGAAGGAUUACAAGUUCUGAUAGAAUGAAAAAAUUAGCCUCAUUGGCUGAACAAGAAAAUAGAUCUUCAAUUAUAGAGCCUUAGAAUUCAGACAAAUGAAAAUUACUUUCAGAAAAAUAAAGCUUUUUUUCAG